AUGCCGACGUCGAGCAUCCCGACGAUGACACCCUUCAUGUACCCGGCGACGUCUCUCCAGAACCCACGGCCCUGCCGCAGGCCGAGGAACUCCGGCGUGUGCGUGGUCAUAGGCUGCAGCAUGCGGUCCGGAUUUCUGGCGAGAAAUUUCACUUUGAGGAUGGUUCAGCUCUUUUUUCAAGUGCCGGCAGAAUGUGGUAGUGUUAAUACAGUUGCCAUGGAAGAGAGGAGAUCUCUCUGUCGCAAUGUUGAGUCCAUAAUCAAGUCAGUUACAAAAUCAGCAGGCAGGUAUGAAGCUCGGUUGUGGCUCUGCGCCACUGUCUCAUUGGUCCAUUUGCUCAGUCACCGUGGCCAGAGGGACCUGUUUCUUGAUCUCUUAGAGAUGAAGAAUUCCAGGCGUGAUGUUGCUGCUCGCUUGCUGUGGAUGAUUUUCGAUAAGAAACCCAAAAUGGUCGGGUCUAUUCUAGCAAGAAAGGCCAUAUACUGGAGGAGUUCUUCCGAGUCCCCAUCAAAAUCAAUAGGGCGCUUUUGUCCUAAGCAUGCUUCGGUGCCCCUUUGCCCUCACUGCUUUAGUAGUCCCUCGGUCAAGCUAAGAAACCCAAAGAGGAUAAUGCAGUGGUUUGGCUACUUUGCUGUUACUGGGGAAUCCACACAUAAAAAGGGAGCUAAGGCACUUUCUCAGUUUGCAUUUGUAAAUCGUGACAUGUGCUGGGAAGAACUUGAGUGGAAAGGCAAGCAUGGGCAAUCUCCGGCUGUAGUUGCUACCAAGCCUCACUAUUUUCGUGAUCUUGAUGUCCUCCAGACAGUGGAGAAUUUCUUGGAGUAUGUCCCAGAUUUCUGGUCUUCUGAUGAGCUUGCUAAUUCUAUUAAAGAUGGUGAAAUACUGCAAAUUGAUGCAGAAUAUUUUGUAGAUCAAUUUUUAUACUUGAUGUAUGAGGAGAAUUCCAAAGAUGCAUGGCAUGUGGUUGAAGAUUUUUUGAUGGACGAGCAGUUCUCCUCUCUUUGCCAGCAUCUUCUAAUCCAUUUGGAUGAGCAAAGGCUUCUUGAUUUCUUAAAAUCUUUAGGCAAGCUCAUCAAUCCUACUUUGGAGUGCAAGGAAUUGACAUUCCCAUGUUGUUGGCUUGAGGUUCUUUUAUCAGGACAUUGUGAUCACAUAUCUCUUGAUGAUCUUAUCUUAUUGAACUGUGUCAUUGCCAAGGGUAGACAACUUUGGCGGCUCAUGAAAGACGAAGAACAACAUGAAGAAUGGGGGCAAAUGGAAGAGCUUUUAAAGGACGUAAAUCAUUUGACUGAUGCUGAUCAUUUUGCUCUCAUGAACGAACUUGUGGGGACAGAAUUACCUGAUGCACUUAAGUGGAUAGGCAUUCAGUCCUGGGUAUUUUUCUGUGAUUUGUCGAAAGAAUGCAAAUCAGGAGAUUCUUGUGAAUCUUUGUUCUCUCAUAACAAAAUAGAAUUUCGCAAGGCUGAUGAUUACUCAUUGGUUCAGAAUGAUGGGUUCUCAAUUUCACAUAUGCCUGAUACUGAUGAUGAGGAUCUCACUGGAAGCAGCCAUAAAAGGAGAAAGGGGAAUAGGAGGAGAAAGCGGCAUAGGUAUGAGUCUGAUGAGGACAAGCUUGAUGAACUGCUUGAACUUGGAUCAUCUGAUGGAAAGAGCGAUGUUGAGUCACAACGUGGAAGCUGGCGCCUUUCAACUGAUGGCUUCUCUGCUUCUUGGGACAUUGUAUGUACCUUCUUUCUUGCUUAA